AUGUGGAUUGAUUGUUAUGUACGGUACCUAUUCCCUUGUGUUAAUUUCUUGUGUGAAUUAUCAGGUCACAACUACAUUGCAUCCGAGCACCUUUUGCUUGAGUUGCUACGUGAAGGUGAAGGUAUUGUAGUUCGUGUCCUUGAGAAGUUAGGUGCUGAUCCGAGUAAUAUUCGCACUCAGGUGAUACGCAUGGUGGGUGAGAACAAUGAGGUAACAGCUAACGUUGGGGGAGAAAGCAGUAACAAUAAGAUGCAAACUCUUGAAGAGUACGGGACAAACUUGACAAAACUGGCUGAGGAGGGUAAAUUGGACCCAGUUGUUGGAAGGCAGCCGCAAAUAGAACGUGUGGUGCAAAUUCUUGGCAGGAGAACCAAGAACAACCCUUGUCUUAUUGGAGAACCUGGUGUUCGUAAGACCGCUAUUGUUGAAGGACUUUUACAUCGUAUUGCCAGUGGAGAUGUUCCUGAAACCACUAAAGGGAAGAAGGUUAUAAAACUUGACAUGGGUCUUCUAGUUGCUGGAACAAAAGAUAGUGGAGAGUUUAAAGAGAGAUUAAAAAAGCUUGUGGAGGAAGUAAGACAGAGCGACGAGAUAAUCUUAUUUAUCAAUGAAUUGCAUACUUUGAUUGGGGAUGGAAGAGAAGAAGGUGCAAUUGAUGUAGCUAACAUUUUGAAACCAGCACUCGCUAGAGGUGACAUGCAGAUGCAGUGCAUUGGAGCGACAACGUUAGAUGAAUACAGAAAGCACAUUGAGAAAGACCCUGCAUUGGAAAGAAGAUUCGAGCCGGUGAACGUACCUGAACCUACUGUGGAUGAAACUAUUCAAAUCCUUAAGGGAUUGCGAGAGCGAUAUGAAAUUCACCACAAGCUUCGUUACACUGAAUAUUCUUUAGUAGCAGCUGCUCAGUUGUCAUACCAGUAUAUAAGUGAUCGUUUCCUUCCUGACAAGGCAAUUGACUUGAUUGAUGAAGCUGGUUCUCGGGUUCGACUUCGUCAUUCACAGGUCCCGGAGGAAGCUUGGGAGCUUGAGAAAGAGCUUAGGGAGAUAACAAAGGAGAAGAAUGAAGCUGUCCGUGGCCAAGACUUUGAGAAGGCUGGGGCACUUCGGGAUAGAGAGAUUGAACUUAGAGCUGAGGUAUCUGCUAUCCAAGCAAAAGGAAAGGAAAUGAGCAAAGCAGAGAGUGAGACCGGUGAGGAAGGUCCUAUGGUCACGGAGUCAGACAUCCAACACAUCGUAUCUUCAUGGACUGGUAUUCCCGUAGAGAAAGUAUCAACCGAUGAGUCUCACCGCCUUCUCAAGAUGGAAGAAACUAUCGAAUCCUCAAGGGGGUCUCUCUGAGGGCGAUAUGAAAUA